CACAGCCGUGAUGCCGGGCUAAUCGGUAAUCCAUAUGCUUGUUUUGGGUCGUGUUCCAGCCCUAAAAUCGUCACAUAAUGGAGGAACACACUUAUGUAGAGACGUUAAAAUUUAUUGUGGUUUGUUUAAUGUGGUAUAUCUGCAGUGCUGGCGGAAACAUCAUCGGAAAACUUGUGUUGAACGAGUUCCCUUAUCCGAUGACAGUAACGAUGACGCAACUCAUCUCUAUCUCUGUUUACAUGGAGCCGAUUUUCUGGUUUCUGCGGACUCCGAACACCGGGAACAUUCCCCGGAGUUACUACUAUAAACUCAUCCUGCCUCUGGCGUUCGGCAAAUUCUUUUCCUCUGUUUCUUCACAUAUCAGCAUAUGGAAAUCCUCCGUCUCCUAUGCCCACACAGUAAAAGCUACCUUGCCAUUGUUCACAGUUGUACUGUCCAGGGUUCUGUUAGGAGAAACUCAAACUCUCCCAGUAUACCUGUCCAUUGUGCCUAUCAUUGUUGGUGUUAUCGUGGCUACCCUUACAGAAGUCUCCUUUGAGACCCUGGCUUUACUCAGUGCUCUAGUAGCUACACUAGGCUUCUCAUUACAAUCCAUAUUUUCCAAAAAGUGCCUUAAGGACACGGGUAUAAACCACCUACGACUUCUUGUUCUCCUGAGUCGCAUCGCCACGGUUUUCUUUCUCCCGUUCUGGCUUCUGUUUGACUGCAGGAACAUUGCCAACAGUGAUGUGUUUGAGAAUACAGAUGUGAUGAAGUCUUUCCUGUUGUUGAUUUUGGACGGCAUGUUCUACAUGAUGCACAAUGUGUUUGCGUUUACUGUGAUUGCUAUGGUGGCCCCCCUUAGUUACUCGGUAGCCAAUGCCAUGAAGAGGGUCGUCAUUAUCAGUGCCUCCUUAUUCCUUCUGCGGAAUCCCGUCACAACAGCUAAUGUGGUGGGCAUGCUCGUAGCCUGUUUCGGAGUUCUGUGUUACAAUAAGGCCAAGUAUGACCAAAACAGUGCCCGUCGCCGAGCAGAAACUCUACCCUUGGUGCACAGUGAGACCAAUCUGCAGGCCCAUCUCAACCCGAAAGGGCUUCCUCACUCCAAGACAGAGGUCAACCUGUUAAAUAGAAACGGCAUGAUCCACCCCCAGGAUCACAUUUUGUUACAGAACAAUGUAAGUGUGGACCAUGUGACCAUCUUCCCACCCUCCAAUCCCUGGCCUGUCAAUCAAACUCAUUCCAGACACGCCCCCAGUGAACAAUCACAACUUGUGUCUCGGGGCUCACAUAGGAUAUUUGAAAUUUAAUUGUUUUUAAUAAUUUUCUUUGUUAAAAUUUUUUAUUAUUGUUAUUUUGAUGAAAUAUUGAGCUUUAAUGAUCAGAUAAUAUUUAUUGAUAUUUUUUGACACAUUUUUGUAUGCUGUGUUCUGAAUAUAUCAACCUUUAUAAUAUUUGUUCAUCUUUUUUAUGUAUUACUUCAUUAAUUUGCCCUUUUAUUAC